CCUCCAGCUUUUAUUUUGACACGCCUCACGCGGCGCUCCGGUUGUUUGUCACCGACUCUCCUCACAGCCUGAACCCGAACAUGAACGCUGCUCCUCGGUUCGCGUGUCUGCUGCUCCUGCUCUGCGCCUCUUCCGGAUCCCGGAUCCGGAUCCGGAUCCCUCCUCACGACCAGGUGGCCCGGGUCGCGCGCUUCGUGGCGCACGCGUGUGACUGGGCGUCCAUGGCGACCAUCUCGACCCGCGAAUCUGUGGCGGGUCGACCAAUCGCCAACGUGUUCUCCGUGAGUGACGGGCCGCCUGGCUCCGCCUCCGGGGUGCCCUACAUGUUCCUGACCUCUCUGGACGUGUCCGUGCGGGACCUGCAGGUGAACCCAGCAGCGUCUCUGUCCAUGUCUCUGGCACAGACCCAGUUUUGUCAGGACCAGGGUUUGGACCCCCAGAGUCCACUCUGUGCUCACAUCAUCCUGUCAGGAUCUGUCAUGCAGGUCAAUGGGACGGAGGCAGAGUUUGCAAAGAACGCUCUGUUCAGUCGACACCCACAAAUGAAGGACUGGCCCAAAGACCAUGACUGGUUCUUCGCCAAGUUCAACAUCACAGAGGUCUGGGUUCUGGAUUACUUUGGUGGGCUGAAGACCGUCAGUCCGGACGAGUACUUCAAGGCGACACCGUACUUCAAAGAUCCCUGAAACCUUCACGGAGCCACGUCAUUGGUUGAUCCAGAUCGAACAACUUAAACCAGUUUCAAACUGUCUGCUGCAGUUCUACAGGCGAACCACCUGAGGGCACCUUAAACAUUUGUCUUCCCUUGACU